UAAACCCCAACAUCUCAUCCCUUUAGCUUCUUCUUCGCAGGUUUUAGGGCAAACAGAGGUAGCGGUCGGCCAAAUAGAUCAAUCCAGGUCUAGUUUUCUAGAUCCUCACAAUGGCGACUUUUGCCAAACCUGAGAAUGCUUUGAAGCGAGCUGAAGAGCUGAUUAAUGUUGGGCAAAAGCAAGAAGCGCUACAAGCACUUCAUGAUCUGAUUACAUCUAGGAGGUAUAGAGCUUGGCAAAAGACACUUGAGAGAAUAAUGUUCAAGUAUGUAGAGUUAUGUGUUGACAUGAGAAGGGGGAGGUUUGCUAAGGAUGGCCUGAUUCAAUAUCGUAUUGUCUGUCAACAAGUGAACAUUAAUUCAUUGGAGGAGGUGAUAAAGCAUUUCAUGCUUUUAGCCACUGAGCGGGCUGAACUGGCUCGCAAUCAAGCACAGGCCCUAGAAGAAGCUCUGGAUGUAGAAGACUUGGAAGCUGAUAAAAGACCUGAAGAUCUUAUGUUGAGUUAUGUUAGUGGGGAGAAAGGAAAAGAUAGAUCUGAUCGUGAACUGGUCACACCCUGGUUUAAGUUCUUGUGGGAGACAUAUAGAACUGUUCUAGAGAUCUUGCGCAACAACUCAAGGUUGGAGGCUCUGUAUGCUAUGACGGCGCACCGUGCCUUUCAGUUCUGUAAGCAGUAUAAACGUACAACAGAGUUUCGUCGGCUUUGUGAAAUCAUCCGGAAUCACUUGGCAAAUCUUAACAAGUAUAGAGACCAGAGGGACCGUCCGGAUCUGUCUGCUCCAGAAAGCCUACAGUUGUAUCUGGACACAAGAAUUGAGCAACUGAAAGUUGCAACCGAACUUGGGCUUUGGCAGGAAGCCUUCCGUUCGAUUGAAGAUGUGUAUGGAUUAAUGUGCAUGGUAAAAAAAACCCCUAAACCAUCAUUGAUGGUUGUGUACUAUGGCAAGUUAACAGAAAUAUUCUGGAUGUCAUCAAAUCAUCUUUAUCAUGCUUAUGCAUGGCUCAAACUCUUCUCUUUUCAAAAGAGUUUCAAUAAGAACUUAAGCCAGAAGGAUUUGCAGUUAAUAGCAUCAUCUGUUGUUCUAGCUGCUCUGUCUGUGUCUCCUUACGAUAAGCUAUAUGGUGCAUCCCAUCUGGAGCUUGAAAAUGAGAAGGAGAGGAGCUUGAGGGUGGCCAAUCUCAUUGGUUUUGAUGUUGAACCCAAGACAGAGAAUAGAGAAGCGCUUUCCCGGUCAUCAAUUCUCUCAGAAUUGGUGUCCAAAGGUGUGAUGACCUGUGUCACCCAAGAAGUGAAAGAUCUUUAUCAUCUGCUAGAACAUGAGUUUCUUCCUUUGGAUCUGGCACUGAAAGUACAACCCUUAUUGAACAAAAUCUCGAAGCUUGGGGGUAAGGUAUCUUCAGCCUCUUCGGUUCCUGAAGUGCAACUGUCCCAGUAUGUUCCAGCCUUGGAAAAGCUUGCAACUCUGAGGUUGCUCCAGCAGGUAUCUCAGGUGUACCAGACAAUCCAGAUUGGUAACCUGUCUAAGAUGAUCCCAUUCUUUGACUUUGCUGCUAUUGAGAAGAUCGCUGUUGAUGCUGUUAGACAUAAUUUUGUUGCCGUUAAAGUUGAUCACAUGAAACAUGCUGUCUUCUUUGGUAAACAGAGUAUUGAGGCUGAAGGACUUCGGGAUCACUUGUCACUUUUUGCUGAAUCCCUUAGCAAGGCAAGGUUAAUGAUCUAUCCCCCUGCGAAGAAAGCUGCCAAGCUAGGGGAUGCCCUCUCUAAUUUAGCGGAGAUAGUGGAGAAAGAGCACAAGAGACUCCUGGCACGGAAGUCCAUAAUUGAGAAACGCAAAGAAGAGCAGGAGCGUUUACUCUUAGAAAUGGAACGAGUUGAAGAAACAAAGAGGCGAGAAAUGCAAAAGAUAACUGAAGAGGCGGAACAAAAAAGGAUGGCUGCUGAGUUAGAGCAAAGAAGGACCCAAAGAAUUCUCAAGGAAAUAGAGGAACGAGAACUCGAAGAGGCCCAAGCUUUGCUGCAAGAAGCUGAAAAGCGCAGCAAGAGGAAGAAGAAACCAGUCUUAGAUGGAGAAAAGAUGACUAAACAGGUUAUCAUGGAGUUGGCCUUGAAUGAGCAACUCAGGGAGAGGCAAGAGAUGGAAAAAAAAUUACUGAAGUUUGCGAAAACUAUGGAUUAUAUGGAGAGAGCGAGAAGAGAAGAAGCAGCGCCUCUUAUUGAAUCUGCAUUUCAACAGCGUUUAGCUGAAGAGGCGGCUCUUCAUGAACGUGAGCAGCAGCAAGAGAUUGAGUUGAGCAGACAACGACAUGCUGGGGACCUUGAAGAGAAGAGGAGGCUAGGCCGCAUGUUGGAAAACAAGAGAAUAUUCCAAGAAAGAGCUGUUAGUAGCAGGGAAGCUGAAUUCAAUAGGUUGAAACAUGAGAGACAGGAACGAAUAAACCAGAUAAUUCAGUCAAGGAAACAGGAUAGGGAGACUAGGAGGAAGUUGAUAUUCUUUUUGCGAUCCCAGGAAGCGCAACAAAAGAGGUUGCAGGAAGAGGAGGAAGCCCGGAAACGUGAAGAAGCCGAGCAGCGGAAAAGAGAGGAAGCUGAACGGAAGGCCAAGUUAGAUGAGAUUGCAGAAAAGCAGAGGCAACGUGAGCGUGAACUUGAUGAGAAAAAAAGGCUGGAGAGAGAGGAGAUCCUGCGGAAAUCCACGCCUGUGUUACCGAAGCCUGCUGAGCCUUCAAUUGUAGGUCGUCCCGCGGAAGCUGGAGGAAGUGCUCCCGCAGCAGCAGCUGCUGCACCUGCUCCCGCGAAGUUUGUGCCCCGGUUCAGAAGAGAAAAAAUAGAUGGGGCAGGCCAGACCCCACCCCCUGAAACUGACAGGUGGGGCAGUGGAAGCAGGCCUGACGAUCGGCCAUCUGAUAGAUGGCGUGACGAACGAAAGCCGCCCUCAUUUGGUGGUGGGUCAAGGACCAGUUGGUCAGGCUCUAGGCGCUGAAUUGCAGGGAAUUACGUUGCGGCCUCAGUCAAGACGUUGCAUUGUCACUUGUCAGGAUAUUUAUUGCAUAAAUUCAAUUUGGGCCUUUUGUUGUUAAAAAAUUUUCUUGUGGCAUUUUAUUUCUCGUGUAUCUGGGAUUUUCUCGUAUAGCGAAGCUCAAUAGUAGCAUUUCUUGAGUAGGAUAUUUUGUGGACGUUGUAGAGCUUUAAGUUUUGAACUAAACCUUUUGGUCCGCGAAUUUGGUGAUGAAUAAGAAUUUACUCUUUCCUUUGCAUUAGUA